AUCCAAAAAAACGUUUUCCUUCCAUCGAUCUACCACGACAUCCCUCCCUGGGGUCUGCACGAAUAACAAGUUCGCUAUAGAUACCCGGUUCUCAAAAGAAAUCUAGAGAAAAUGCCAUUAUUGGACGACGAAGACGCCUCAAGCUCAUGCUCAUCGUCUACAUCAGCGAGGAGUGACGAAGAUUCGGACUCGGAGGAGGACUUGGAGGACUAUGUCAAGGGAGGCUACCAUCCUGUAGAGAUUGGUGAUGUGUUUAGAGAUGGGAAGUACGUUGUGGUUAGGAAGCUUGGUUGGGGUCAUUUCUCAACAGUCUGGCUGGCGAAGAAUACGCAACUAAAUCGUCAUGUCGCACUGAAGAUCGUCAAGUCUGCUUCUCGAUAUACGGAAACAGCGGUGGACGAAAUUAAACUGUUGGAGCGGUUGAAUAAUCCCUCCAUACCCCAUGCCGAAGACCCUGUUUUAGGCCCUGAACUACCGCCUCUCGCUCACCCAGGUCGAUCUCAUGUCAUUGGUCUUCUCGAUCAUUUCCUACACAAAGGUCCCAACGGCACGCAUGUCUGUAUGGUUUUCGAAGUUCUCGGCGAAAGCUUGUUAGGGCUUAUUAAACGGCACCAAACCCGAGGAGUUCCCUUACCCAUGGUCAAGGAGAUUGCGAAACAAGUACUAUUAGGGUUGGAUUACAUGCACCGCUAUUGCGGCAUAAUUCAUACCGAUCUGAAGCCCGAGAAUGCUCUCGUCUCCAUCCCCGACGUCGAGAGCGUCAUUUUACACGAGCUUUCAUUACCUUCUGACAGUACGCGAACGAGGAUGGUUGGAGUACCUUCGAGCUCUGGACGUGGUGGGAACCAGACGCCUCGUUCGGUAUCCCGGCCUAUCAGUCUAGGCGUGGAUAAACUCGCUUUUGCUAUGAGCAGGAUAGAGACUGAUGAUCCGGAACCGUCGACUCAUGGUGGUUCAGGCACCUCCCCGGCUUCCAAACGUGAACGUGGCCCGCCGAAAAUCAAUCGUAAGCAAGGGAAGGAGAACGAGUACCCUGGGAACUUGACGGAAUUUGGAGGAGAAACCGAGACUAUUACGGUGAAGAUCGCAGAUUUGGGAAAUGCCACCUGGAUAAAUCAUCACUUUACGGACGAUAUUCAGACAAGGCAGUAUCGAUGUCCAGAAGUCAUCCUCGGAGCGAAAUGGGGACCAAGUGCGGAUGUUUGGAGUGUUGCUUGCCUGGUGUUUGAGCUCAUAACCGGUGGCGACUAUCUGUUUGACCCUGUUUCUGGACAGAGUUAUUCGAAAGACGACGAUCAUCUUGCUCAGAUAAUAGAACUCCUGGGUCCAAUACCCCCAAGCAUGGUCCUAACGGGUAAGUACAGUCGGGAGUAUUUCAAUCGUCGAGGCGAACUUCGUCAUAUUUCUACCUUACGUCCAUGGCCCCUAGUGUCCGUUCUUCACGAAAAAUACCGGUUCCGGAAAAGUGCAGCUGAGCGUAUCGCUGCGUUUCUUCUACCCAUGCUGAUAGUACAUCCCGAGAAACGUGUGUCAGCGGGAGAGAUGGUUAUGCAUAGAUGGUUGGAGGGUGUGGUUGUUCAGGGAGAGAUGGAUCUUAUGAAGAUGAUGGAUGGGAUGGAUCGGGAGGAGGAGGGCGAGGAGGAGGGUGUAGGGAUUGAGGAUGAAGUUAUCAGUCCGGCGACAUUCGCAGGGGGAACCGACGGAGCUUAUGAUGAUAACCCACCGCAAGUUGGCGUUGGCAGUUUUUUCGGUUCAAUGAGUCGUGGUUUGGCCGCCGACCUUACAGGUCCUAGGGUACCCGAAGUCAUUCAAAACGCGCAAGUGAGUCAGAGUGAAGAGAGGGCGUUUCAAGGGUCCGUUAGCGGUGCUUCUAUUUAUUUCCCAUCGCCGACUCAGAUUUCAUUUUCGACUCGUACAGCGGAUGGAGCUGAUGUACAAUUUCAGGGGAGGUAUCGGAUGUCGAUGUCGGUUUCUGGAGAUGCUUAGGUCCUGGUCAUUACUUGGUCCAUCUCUAGGGAUGAGCUACCAACGUAGUGCAUUUCGCUGCAAUGUACGGUUUUUCUUUUCUCUCUCCCUCUCUGUUGGUGAAAGGCGUGGCCAGAGCUGACAGGACUCAGUUGAUGGACGUUCCACGCUAGACUCUCAUUUCUUUUAAACACCUUCUCCGUUCUAAAUGGGAGGGGAAAAACCCUUGUAAAACAAAUUGUAUAUGUAUAACAAAUUGCACUUCUGUAUAUCAUGUUCUGUUACUUGUUUUGUUUAUCCAUGUACUGCUGCUACUUUCCUUGUGCUAUCGUUCAUAUGACUCUCCUUCCUUUUAUGUCAAUCCAUUACCUGC